AUAUUAAGAACAAGUCCGAAUCAUAAUAAACCAAAUGGAAAUGGGAGGGGAAGCAGAGGAGAAAGAGGCUUUGGACCUUCCUGAAGACAGAAAGUCCGCACAAUUUGAAAAAGACGGUGACAACAACAAAGAGGUGGAAGAGGGAAGAACAGCUCGAAUACCCUGGUAUCGCUGGGUAAUGCAUGCAGCUGUGAUGUUUGGACGUGAGUUUUGCUAUGCCAUGGAAACCGCCCUGGUUACACCGGUGUUGCUGCAGAUAGGUCUUCCAGAGCAAUACUACAGUUUAACUUGGUUUCUCAGUCCGAUCCUGGGUCUUCUCUUCACACCUCUGAUUGGCUCGGCCAGUGACCGCUGUACUCUGCGGUGGGGCAAGAGACGGCCAUUCAUUCUGGCUCUGUGCCUGGGCGUGCUCAUUGGAGUGGCGCUGUUUUUAAACGGGUCGUUGAUAGGGCUUUCCAUCAGUGACAGUCCAAACAGCCAGCCAGUUGGCAUUGUUCUCACUGUCGUGGGUGUGGUAGUGCUGGACUUCUGUGCCGAUGCCUCUGAGGGCCCAAUUGUAGCCUACCUCCUUGAUGUUGCUGAUGCAGAAGAGCAGGACAUGGCCCUGAAUAUUCAUGGCCUCUCUGCUGGGCUUGGUGGAGCAUUGGGGUACAUGUUGGGAGGCCUUGACUGGACUGGCACAGCUUUGGGCAGAGCAUUUAAAUCACAAGAACAGGUCCUCUUCCUGUUUGCUGGAGUUAUCUUUAUUAUUUCUGUCACACUGCACAUGCUCAGCAUCCCCGAGAGAUCGUUUGCCUCAUCCAACAAGCUUAAAGAUAUAGAAGAUGGAGAGUCGUCCAGUCAUUCGUCUUCAGGCGUUCUUGGGAACGUGCCGACCUUACUAGACGUAAUUCCAGAGGAGGAUGUUUUUGCUUCAUCUCGAGAUGACAAACCCCAUCUCGAGGAAAGGGAAUUGGAUUUCUUUGCUGAGCAAAGAGUGCGGAGUAAAAGUGAUUCAGUCUUAGCCAUGCCAGAUGCUACAAUAGACUUGGACCCUGACCUUGACCUGGACAGAGCGGUUUUCUUGCCAGCUAAGCACUUUUUACCAGAACCUCAUGGAGAUCUAGAGAAUUCUUUUAAGCCAUCAGACCACAGCAUUGGGUCCUCGUCUCCUCCAGGUGAGCUGCCUUCUGUUACUGAUGUGGUCAUAGAGCCUGCAGAAACAGAGCUGCCUCAACAUAAUGACCCAACAAAUGGUCAGCCUUGUAACCCCCAGAUCAGCCCGGCAUCAGUGGGCGCACAUCAAAGACAGCAAGACAAAGCUGCUAAUGGGGUCAAUGCUGGUGUAUUUUCCUCUAACCAUACGAAUGUAAUGAACGGCCACAUCGCCACCAAGCAUUGGAACCGCACAACCAAUACUUCAGUUUUAUCACGGCCUCACCCGCCAACCUUCUACAGACAACCCUCUUUUACAUUUUCAUAUUAUGGUCGAGUGGCACCGCAACGCUAUCGACUGCGGCGCACAAGAGCAGCGAGUCCUCGGCCGAUCACCACCUCCCGCAGUCUGAACGAUCUGCGGGACAUCCAGGGGCCGCAUUUGUGCAGGCGAGAUUUUCAGCUGUCUGUUAGCAGCUUGUCGUCCAAGAGCUCCAGCAGUGAGGGAGAACAAGAAAAGGGAACCACGGUGAAACUGCUCUGGCUGUCCAUGUUGAAGAUGCCAAAGCAGCUUUGGAGGUUGUGCCUGUGUCACCUCCUUACAUGGUUCUCGAUUAUAGCUGAAGCUGUGUUUUACACUGAUUUCAUGGGCCAAGUCAUUUUCGAAGGAGACCCCACGGCACCAGCCAAUUCAACAGCUCUCCAGAAUUAUCACAGAGGAGUCCAAAUGGGCUGCUGGGGACUGGUAGUCUAUGCUGCUACAGCUGCUGUCUGCUCUGCCAUUCUUCAGAAGUCUCUGGAUAAUUUUGAUCUGAGUAUCAAGGUCAUCUAUGUCGUUGGAACUCUGGGAUUCUCAGUGGGAACUGCAGUUAUGGCAAUCUUCCCUAAUGUUUAUGUUGCCAUGGUGAUGAUCAGUGGCAUGGGUAUCAUCUCCAUGAGUAUCUCCUAUUGCCCCUAUGCAUUACUCGGGCAGUACCAUGAAAUCAAAGAGUACAUUCAUCACAGUCCAGCAAACACUCGAAGAGGUCUUGGUAUUGACUGUGCUAUAUUAUCCUGCCAGGUUUAUAUCAGCCAAAUUUUGGUGGCCUCGGCUCUUGGAUCUGUGGUGGACGCAGUCGGCAGCGUGCGUGUUAUUCCACUCGUGGCCUCAGGGGGCUCCUUCCUCGGAUUCCUUACCGCCUGUUUCCUUGUUAUUUACCCUGACCUUGAGCCCAGCAGCUCAGAGCAGGAGCAGGACUUUAACAGUCCACCCAGAGAGGAGGAUCAGACUGGAGAAAGGACCAUUGACCAGAGACGGGCUCUGCUGAACCUCAAAGACAACUUGAAGGGAACGGAGGAUCACUCUGUUGCCUGAGCACAAAACAAUCAAUGGAAGCCUUCGAUCAUAAACCGACAGACACAGCAUGUGAGGAUUAUACUGAACACAUCUGAUGUGAUAAUCUGUGCCUUCAGGAGGAGCAAAGAUAAGAAAAUAA